AUUAUUCUGAAUUACCAUAGCAGCUUAAACCAGAACAGCCUUCUAGGAUACUAGUUUAUCAAAGAAAAGAAGAAGACAUUUAACACAUGUCAAUAAUAAUAUAAACAAACCGUGGUGUUGAUUACCCUUAUUUUUUGAAUUCUUUUCUAGAAUGAAAUAAAAGCAAGAACUUAUAAAGAUUUACGUUCGUUUUAAAUGAAAGUUUGCGCGUUAACAAUCCAGCGGUAAGCCAAAUGGAGAACAUAAAAGAACAACUACCUCAUCACAACUGGCAUCCCACCAAAGAUUGCCAACCCUAUGAGAGGCCUUGGUUUUAUGAGUUUAAGUGUUUGCAGCAAUCAGGUAAUUUAAUUGACUGCGCUGCUAUCCCGACUAUAAAUUGCGCGGGCUUGCUGGCAUGCUACUGUGCGGCGAGUUGCGCGGUUCUCCCCUUUUGAACUGUCACGUGAACAGCGCGUUCAUUCCCUCCUGUCAGUUGGCCGCGUCGCCUUACGUUUCGCUGCUGGCGCUGGCGCGCGGUAUGGCAGCACUCAGCGCCGCUCAGCAACCCCAAGAGACUGAGGACGUUUUCCUCGAAAACGGCUUGUUAAGCUACGAGAACCCCAACUACCAUUUGGGCCCGACAAAGCGAAUCGACGACGCUCUCAACUCUAAUACUGAGAAUCUUUACGAGGAUAUUUAUCAGGAAUUAGACGAUAUCUGCAAUAUGGGUCACACCGGAGUAAAAAGUUCGGUCAACGGGACUGCAGGAAGAAAGACUUAUGCCAGUUUAGGUGUAGAGUCGAUGGGGGUAGAUGUCACUACUGGGCCGUUGGCACCAUCUAACUUAAUUGAUAACAGAAGGCAUCUUGAAUGGAAUGGAAAUACCGAUAUGGUUGAAAGGGACAAAAAUAAUAGCACAACCAUUUGGGACAAUAUUUGUCAGAAAAUGGCUUCCCAGAAUGAAGAUUUGAUACCGCAUAUUAUGGGGGGACUGAAUAACGACCUCUACGCUUUGCCGGUGAAAAAAUUUAACAAUGAGAAGUGUGAGGAAAUUAUUAGUCCUGAUGAGGAAUGGAUUGGAAAAAAACAUGUCUUGCCUCCUGGUUGGGAAAAACACGAAGACACUGAUGGUCCUUACUAUUGGCAUAUAAAAAGCGGAACUAUCCAACGCGAGAUGCCUUUAUUCGAUUCAGAAAACGAAAAAUCUGAUUCAAAGUUAAAUUUCAAAGAAAGUGACUUCAUAUCAUCAUUUGAAUCAAGUAUGACUGUCACUAGAAGUAACACUAGUUCAGGUUUAAAUUUAGAAGACGACGAUAGGAAAAGAAAAGAAGAAUUAGCUUUAAAGCGGCGAAGCUUUCCGUCGAGGCCUGAUCAAGAGAAAAAAGAGAAACCGAUAAGGUUUGCCGUGCGGUCGUUAGGGUGGGUGGAAAUAGCGGAAGAAGAUCUGACACCUGAGAGAAGUAGCAAAGCUGUAAAUAAAUGUAUAGUGGAUUUAUCGUUAGGAAAAAAUGAUUUAUUGGAUGUCGUGGGAAGGUGGGGCGAUGGUAAAGACUUGUUUAUGGAUUUGGAUGAAGGUGCACUGAAAUUAUUUGAUCCUGAGAAUCUCACAGUUUUAAACACUCAACCGAUUCAUACCAUACGUGUAUGGGGAGUAGGUCGAGAUAAUGGAAGGGAUUUCGCUUAUGUUGCCCGAGACCGAACUACACGCAAACAUAUGUGCCAUGUAUUUAGGUGCGACAUGCCAGCUCGUACCAUCGCUAAUACUCUACGCGACAUUUGUAAAAAAAUAAUGAUCGAAAGAAGCUUGCAGCAAAACUUAGGAAAGGUAAUUGUGGAUUCCAGUGGUAGGAGCGUGGCUACCAGACCUUGUAAUUUACCAACUGAGCAUCGCCGACCUGCAAGAAAUAGUCAAAUGUUUGCCUCUCAAUCUUUUCCUACCCCUAUGGAGGAACCAAAGAAAGUCCUACGUGCUCAAUAUUUAGGGUGCACACAGGUCGCCCAGCCUACGGGUAUGGAAGUUUUAAAUGAUGCCAUUGAUAAACUAGUCACUGCAUUGACUCCUGACAAGUGGCAACCUGUAAACAUUUCCAUAGCACCUUCAAUGAUAUCAGUCCACCAUCCUUCGGAUGAUCGUUUGUUAGCCGAAUGUCGAGUAAGAUAUUUAUCCUUCUUAGGAAUAGGGAAAAACAUCAAAAACUGCGCAUUUAUAAUGCACACCGCUCAGGAUACUUUUAUGGCUCAUAUAUUUUAUUGUGAACCAUCUUCCGGAGCAUUAUGUAAGACAAUUGAGGCAGCUUGCAAAUUAAGAUAUCAAAAGUGUUUAGACGCUCAUCCACAGGGUAUAGGUAGCAGUAGUAGUGGAGUGCAUACUCCUGGCAGUAGUAUCGGUGCCGCGUUAAAAUCAAUAGUAGGCUCACUUAGGGGAAGAAAGAGCAAGAGCACUGAGUCUUGAGAUGAGGUACCCAGCUUAAAGCCAUUGAAGGGAAUACGGGUGUCAGCCCAGAGAAAAAUAAAUCUUCUUUAGUAUGGGAAGUCCGAUCCGUCAUACAAGCACCUGUAGUAGCCAUUACUGAUCUUAAUUAGGAGUCUAUAAAAAUAUAGCAAUGCACUUUACUAGGAUAGAUGUACAUUAACAAAGUUUAGGAUUAAAGAAGUAUUUUUUUAAACUUAUUUACCUGCUAUUAAUUCCAUAUCUUUAGCAAGUAUAUAAAUAACAACGCAAUAUUACCUAAAAAUUCUUGAUAGUUUAUAGAAGUUUUAAAAAAUUACUUCUUUAAUAUUAGGCUGUAUACGAUGAUCUUAUUAUGAUUGCGUUUAAAUUCAUUGUCUAGCAUUUUGUAAUAGCUGCCUGUGCAGAUUAAUGGCAAACAAAAUGCCAAAUGCAACAAGUACUUUUAAUGAGCUUCUGCACGUUUCCAGGGUAUGAUGUAUUCAAAAAAAAUAAUAUACGUAGCUCUAAUGUUAAACCCUUAUUUAAAGAUUGGUUGUAAGAAAACCAGAAAGGGUAGACUUCACAUUGUAUAAGAUGUUCCAGACCUAUUUAGACAUUAAAUAUCAUAUAAGCAGAAUAUUAAUAGUUGUAUGUUUCGUGGAUCAUGUUUUGAUUAAUUUUUCAAGAAAAUUUCUUUUUUAUAUUUAUAAAAUUUUCAAAAACCCUUUAU